UUACGAGGUCAUUGUCAAAUGUUGUCUUCUGAUCCCAGUAACAUGUUAAACCACGAUGUAAACAAUCAAUUACUAUGAUGUUUGUACAGAAAAGAUCCAGAAAUAACAGUUAUAUUGAUUGGCAAGGGACAUUUACUUUAUUUUCGGAGAGCGUCCUUGACGAUGUUUGUUGUCACUGUCAUCAUGUUCAUUGUUUCCAAGGUAAACAACGGGAUGCAUUGAGUUGAGAGGCGGCGACCGAGUGUAUACAGAGCAAAAUGGCGACAAGGAAAGUGUUUGAUGGUGUGCUCCAAAGCCUGCCGGCCCAGGAGUCGAAAACAAUACGAAUUUUUUUCAGCUCGACGUUUACAGAUAUGACGGUGGAGAGGAACAUGUUGAUGAAGGAGUCGGUGCCCCGUCUCAGGGACUACUGUCUGGCCAGAGGCUUGGACUUCCAGGUGGUGGACAUGCGCUGGGGAGUACGAGAGGAAACAUCGGUGGACCAGAUGUCAACAGAGCUGUGCCUGAGGGAGAUCAAGAACUGCCAGCAGAUCUCCAUGGGCCCAAAUUUUGUGGUGUUCCUCGGUGAUCGAUAUGGCAGUUGCCCUUUACCAGCCACUGUGCCUGUCACCGAUUUCAAAGUUUUUCAUCGUGUUGCCAUGGCAAUGGGUAAGGACAUUUACCUCCUCGAUAAAUGGUAUCUCCUUGACAACAAUGCUGAACCGCCAGUCUACCAGAUACAGCCAAUCACAAACCUUCUACCUCAUUACAAUGACCCAGAUCCAGCCAAUCAGCAUCUUCAAGAACAAGACCAGAAGAGAUGGAGAGAAGUUGAAAGGACACUUCAGUCACUUUAUCAUGAACUGGCACAGGAAGCUCACCUGACCGGACACCUUGACCAGCCAGCAUAUGACAGAUACUUUAUGUCAGUGACUGAGAGUGAGAUAUGUGACGGAGUUCUGGAUGCAGCCAAGACGGACAACAAAGUUGUUGUGUUCCACCGUGUCCUCCACAACAUCAACGUGCAGCACCCUCUAGCCUGGAGGUUCACUGACGUAGAUAAUGAGGGCAAAGUUGACAUGAAGGUGAAGGAUCGGCGUGAGAAGUUGACCCUAAAGAAGAUACCUGAUGCCUUGGCCUCAAGUCAGAUCCACCAGUAUAAUAUCGAGUGGACUGACAAGUGUGUCGACCCCCAGGACCCCAGACAUCUGGCCUACCUACAGACUCUCUGUGCCACCUUCCAGAGCAGUAUGGAGGAGAUGAUUGAUGCCAGCCUUGACCUACAGCCAUCACAUGCCGAUGACGGCCUCUACUCUGAGGUUCUCCAUCAUCUUCAUUUCAGUGUCAAGAAGAGUGAAAUAUUCUUUGGUAGAGAAGAGGAGCUAAAAGACAUUCAGGACAAACUGGACAAGGUUGUAAACAUAUUCAAGGACACGGAUGAAGAUGAGCCUUCAUCUGUUGAUGGGUAUGAGGAGGAGGAGGAGGCUGAGGAGGAGGAGGAGGCUGAGGAGGCUGAGGAGGAGGAGGCUGAGGAGGAGGAGGUGGAAGAUGGUAAUAUUAAACAGUCACAGGAAAUGAAGGAUUUUCUUGGUUCCAUGGGAGUUAAAUACCACUUGGGUGAUACCUUUGAUGACUAUGAUUCUGACCCUUCAAAGAACCCUCAGCUUGAACAAAUUCAGCUUCCUGUUAUGAGGUCAUUCAAGAGACCAGUGAUAAUCCAUGGGAAAUCAGGAAGUGGAAAGACGGCGCUCAUGGCACAAAUUGCUAAAAGUUCUAGUUCCUGGAUUCCUAAAUCAGUUUUGAUUGUACGGUACCUUGGAACAUCUCCUAUGUCAAGCUCAAUACGAGAGGUUCUUGUCAGCAUCUGUAGGCAAAUCUGGAACAUCUACAAUGUCCCCAAAGGCUCUGGUAUAGAUCUAAACACAGACUUCCAGUAUCUCCUCUCCUACUUCAAUGCUCUUCUGUGGAAGAUCAACUCUUCCAACAAACCACUUGUCAUCAUCUUUGACUCUGUGGAUCAGCUACUGCCCUCGGAUCAUGCUCACACCUUCAACUGGCUGCCCACAAAGACCCCACCAGAUGUCCACAUCUUGGUGUCCAUGAUGCCAUGUGUCAACAACUGCCUUGAGAACAUCCAGCAGCACCUUCCAUUUACAGAACAGUAUGUUCAGCUCUCAGUCUUCUCAGAAGAAGCUGGGGGAAAGAUGGUGUCGGGCCUGUGUAGCAGAAAAGGCCGUUGCUUGACAAGACUUCAGAAAAACUUCCUAAUGGAACACUUUGCCAAAUGUCCCCAGCCCCUGUUCCUGAAGUUGAUUGUUGAUGAAGCUCUCACCUGGAAAUCCUUCACUCCCUUAUCGGACAUUCAGGUUGGAAACACAGUGAGGGCAGCCAUCAAUAAACUGUUUGACAAGAUGGAGCGAUCACAUGGCUUUGUAAUUGCCAGCAAAGCGUUCGGGUACCUGUGUGCUGCCCGUCAAGGGCUGGGAGACACGGAGAUGGAGGACUUGCUGUCUCUGGAUGAUGAUGUUCUGCAGGAUACAUAUCUCUAUCACCUCCCUCCCGACCCAAACAUAAUACGUCUGCCACCGUUGCUAUGGAAACGGAUUCGCAGUGACAUUUCUGAGUACUUGACAGAGCGUCAGUCUGGCAACAAGGUGGUAGUGAACUGGUACCAUCGCCAGUUCUCAGAAGUUGCAGCUCAGAGAUAUUUACCUGCAUCUUUACAGCAGACGUUCCAUGCUGCACUGGCAGAGUAUUUCUUAGGGAAAUGGAGUGAUUUGGAGAAGCCUUUAGAACUUUAUAAAAACAAGAAAGGCUGGUACCCUCAUUCCAUGCGACAAGUUCCAGCCCAGCCCCUAGAGUAUGAAAACAUCUACAAUGUGAGGAAACUGCAGGAGCUGCCCUACCACCUGGUCAAGUGUGGCGACCUUGCCACAUUCCACAGCACUGUUGCCUGUAACUUCAGCUGGCUUUAUGGCAUGUGUCAGGCCAUGUCACUCACUGAUGUCCUCAAUGACAUGAAGCAGGCCAUGGCAAGUCUGGACUCCACGGGAGACAUUGACAAUGUUGCCCUUUACGAUGACAUCAAGUUUGUCAAUGAUGUCCUCAUCCUUGGCAGUGACUUUAUCCGGAGAAGUGCAUCUAACUUGGCAACACAGAUUGUGUCCCAGCUGGGCCCCCAGUACCGCGGGUCCCCACACAUCACAGGCUUAGUCCAGGCAGCCCACUCCUGGCUGAGCACAGGGAACCACCCUCACCUCCUACCCCAGGGGAAGACCAUGCCGAGCCCCGGGGGCUGCCUCCUCAGCUCCAUCAAUGUGGACAUCAACAUCCUUGGCAACGACCGUAUGUUUGGGAGCUGCAUGGUCCUGCAGGAAUCCAAGCAUAAACUGUAUGUGACAGACCAGCAACCAAGUGAUGGCAACGACUGUCUGAGAGUGUAUGACCUGGAUGACAAUAUGUCCUGCAUGGUUGUGGAAGACCUCAACAGGAAGGUCAGAUCUGUUCAGUUCAAGGCUGCAGAAAAGUUGCUUCUGGUUGAAUCCUUCCACAACAGCAGCAAAUAUAGUUACACCAGCUACUUUGACGUGUGUGAUGGUUCCCUUGCUGCCCCCUACCACCUGGGAGGCAAACCUGGCAAUGCUUGUGUGUCCAGCUCGGGAAGAUUAGUUGCCUGGUCUGACGAUGAAAAAAAACUAAUCAAGAUUGGAAUGUUCAAAAAAAAAGGACGAGGCAUUGAUAUCAAACAUGAGCUUGAAAGCACACCGAGCUACGUUCAGUUUUCUCAUGAUGAAAAACACCUAGUUACCCUAUCUGCAAAAACUGCCCAUAUCUAUGACUGUCAGUCUGGGGAGAUGACUGCAGAUGUUGGGCCAACUGAAGAUCCAUUUAGUUUCCAAACUGGAGAUGUUGAUUAUGGUCGUAUGACCUUUGUCACCAAAGACGACCAAUUUAUUCACCGAGGCUUCGGGUACAAGGAAGGUCAUCAUCUGUUUGUGAACAAAAUCCCUUCCGGGGAACUCCUGUUCAAGUUGGAAGGAUAUAAGGAAUAUAGCUUGGAACUGUGUGUCCUUGAUUCAAGGGAAGAGUUCCUCCUAGGGGGGUCCUCAUCCACAGGAAUCACCAACGGAGAUACCGAUAAACAAGCCAAAUUGUUUAACCUCAGGACUGGAGAGUUGACAUCCCAACUCAAUUGUACAAAUGGACCAUAUAUUGAUUUGAAAAUGUUUGGAGACGAAGAGUUAUGGGCCCUAAUAGCUAGCUAUGGCAGUGCAGUAAUCAAGUUGGUCUUGUUAGGAAAGCGAAAAGCACCCCUAUCCGAGCCAGUUCUUAUGCGGUCAAUCACGGACCACAGUCAGGCUAUUCUGCAAUACCUUGUUUCAUCGGAUGAGACACUGAUGUUUUCAGCAUCUGCUGAUAACACUAUCAAGCUUUGGGACCUACCUCGUCUUUUGAAAGUGUCAAGAGAGCAACUUUCUCAUAAAGAGGCCACAAAAACAGAUGAGGAAAAGAAAAUGUCUUUAGAUAUUCAAGAUGUUGGACAGAGCUCAACAUUGAAAUUCUCAAAGGAUGACAAGCAACUGUUCAUGUGUACAAAGCACGGAUGUCUCCUGAAGCGAGACAUGGAGACAGGCAGUACCGACGUGGUGCUGGAGGCGGAGUCGAUGAGGACACCUCGGAGACUGAUGUGCCUGACCAGUAGUGGACGACACCUCGCUGUUCCCAGGAAGAAGAAAGUCCUAGUCCUGGAUGUCCAGACAUUGGAGUUGGUGUAUGACCUGCAGCAUGUGAGUCACGAGGUGGACUGUCUGGCAGAGGGGGGCAACAUCCUCAUUGCUGGAACAUCAGGCAUGGAGGCCACAGGCAGGAUCUGGAAUCUGGACAAUGGUGAAGUCAUACGGGAUGUGACCUAUCUGUACUCCUUCUAUGAGACCGCCAUGAAUAGCACAGGAACAAGGUUCAUCAUGACCAUGUUCGACUACCCAAUCAUCUUUAAUGUCAAUCUAGAGGAAAAUGAAACUGACUCUAUGGUAGGGCAGCCGGACACCAUGAUGAGCGCGUGCUGCGGAGCGGGCUUCACGCCAGAUGACUGCCUUGCUGUAGCGUGUUCUGGUGAUGGCUCUAUACGGGUCAUGGAUGCUGAAACGAAUCGCUACAUGUACAGGAUGAGUCAGAGAUCGUCCAUCACCAAUAUGACCUUCUCCCCAGACAGCAAGAAUCUUCUCACGUCUGGCUACCGCUCCAUCUAUGUCUGGAUGUUGUCUGAUGGCAGUUUGGGAUGCAAGCUGACCAGACAUCAGUCCUUCAUCGUGUGUAUGGAGUUUUCACAUGGUGGUCAGUUUCUGGUUACCACCAGUCAAGACAAGACCAUUGUGGUGUGGGACUUUGAGAAGAAAGUAUCAAUCAGCUCCUACCAUGCCCAUUGCCAGGUCAAUGCUAUGGCAGUUUUUUCAGACUUGUCAGCCAUUGCCUAUGCUCCUGAGAAUGUGGCAAGUGUGGCAGUGUUGAAGCCCAAUAAGAGGCUGACUCAGAUGCUGGAGGGAACCUAUGUCCACACUGUCCCAGAGUCUGUGAAGAAAGCACAAGCCCUGGCGCUUGCUUUCUCAAGUCAAGGAGUCAUGAAGGAAACUUCAGCAGCAUGUGCCAUACUCUAACAUACACAGACCAAAGAGUCCACCUCACAACCGUGUACCAUACUCUAACAUACACAGACCAGGGAGUCCACCUCACAACCCUGUACAAUACUCUAACAUACACAGACCAGGGAGUCCACCUCACAACCAUGUACCAUACUCUAACAUACACAGACCAGGGAGUCCACCUCACAACCAUGUACCAUACUCUAACAUACACAGACCAGGGAGUCCACCUCACAACCGUGUACCAUACUCUUACAUACACAGACCAGGGAGUCCACCUCACAACCGUGUACCAUGUUCUAACAUACACAGACCAGGAAGUCAACCUCACAACCCUGUACCAUACUCUAACAUACACAGACCAGGGAGUCCACCUCACAACCAUGUACCAUACUCUAACAUACACAGACCAGGGAGUCCACCUCACAACCGUGUACCAUACUCUAACAUACACAGACCAGGGAGUCCACCUCACAACCAUGUACCAUGUUGUAACAUACACAGACCAGGGAGUCCACCUCACAACCCUGUACCAUACUCUAACAUACACAGACCAAAGAGUCCACCUCACAACCGUGUACAAUACUCUAACAUACACAGACCAGGGAGUCCACCUCACAACCCUGUACCAUACUCUAACAUACACAGACCAGGUAGUCCACCUUACAACCAUGUACCAUACUCUAACAUACACAGACCAAAGAAUCCACCUCACAACCAUGUACCAUACUCUAACAUACACAGACCAAAGAGUCCACCUCACAACCCUGUACCAUACUCUAACAUACACAGACCAAAGAAUCCACCUCACAACCGUGUACCAUACUCUAACAUACACAGACCAGGUAGUCCACCUCACAACCCUGUACCAUACUCUAACAUACACAGACCAGGUAGUCCACCUCACAACUGUGUACCAUACUCUAACAUACACAGACCAAAGAGUCCACCUCACAACCAUGUACCAUACUCUAACAUACACAGACCAAAGAGUCCACCUCACAACCGUGUACCAUACUCUAACAUACACAGACCAGGUAGUCCACCUCACAACCAUGUACCAUACUCUAACAUACACAGACCAAAGAGUCGACCUCACAACCGUGUACCAUACUCUAACAUACACGACCAAAGAAUCCACCUCACAACCGUGUACCAUACUCUAACAAACACAGACCAGGGAGUCCACCUCACAACCAUGUACCAUACUCUAACAUACACAGACCAGGGAGUCCACCUUACAACCCUGUGCCAUGUUCUAACAUACACACACCAGGAAGUCAACCUCACAACCCUAUACAAUACUCUAACAUACACAGACCAGGGAGUCCACCUCACAACCAUGUACCAUACUCUAACAUACACAGACCAAAGAAUCCACCUCACAACCGUGUACCAUGUUCUAACAUACACAGACCAGGGAGUCCACCUCACAACCCUGUACCAUACUCUAACAUACACAGACCAAAGAAUCCACCUCACAACCGUGUACCAUGUUCUAACAUACACAGACCAGGGAGUCCACCUCACAACCCUGUACCAUACUCUAACAUACACAGACCAAAGAAUCCACCUCACAACCAUGUACCAUGUUCUAACAUACACAGACCAGGGAGUCCACCUCACAACCCUGUACCAUACUCUAACAUACACAGACCAGGGAGUCCACCUCACAACCGUGUACCAUACUCUAACAUACACAGACCAAAGAGUCAACCUCACAACCAUGUACCAUGUUCUAACAUACACAGACCAGGGAGUCCACCUCACAACCAUGUACCAUACUCUAACAUACACAGACCAAAGAGUCAACCUCACAACCAUGUACCAUGUUCUAACAUACACAGACCAGGGAGUCCACCUCACAACCAUGUACCAUACUCUAACAUACACAGACCAGGGAGUCCACCUCACAACCAUGUACCAUACUCUAACAUACACAGACCAGGAAGUCCACCUCACAACCCUGUACCAUACUCUAACAUACACAGACCAGGGAGUCCACCUCACAACUGUGUACCAUACUCUAACAUACACAGACCAGGGAGUCCACCUCACAACCAUGUACCAUACUCUAACAUACACAGAUCAAGGAGUCCACCUCACAACCGUGUACCAUACUCUAACAUACACAGACCAGGUAGUCCACCUCACAACCGUGUACCAUACUCUAACAAAAACAGACCAGGUAGUCCACCUCACAACCCUGUACCAUACUCUAACAUACACAGACCAGGAAGUCCACCUCACAACCCUGUACCAUACUCUAACAUACACAGACCAGGAAGUCCACCUCACAACCCUGUACCAUACGCUAACAUACACAGACCAGGGAGUCCACCUUACAACCCUGUACCAUACUCUAACAUACACAGACCAGGAAGUCCACCUCACAACCCUGUACCAUACUCUAACAUACACAGACCAGGGAGUCCUUCUCACAACCGUGUACCAUACUCUAACAUACACAGACCAGCCCAGCUCCACACAUCCAUGUACAGGGCCUCACAGCCCAGUUCCACACAGCCAUGUACAGGGCCUCACUCACAGCUUCACACAGCCAUGUACAGGGCCUCACUCACAGCUCCACACAGCCAUGUACAGGGCCUCACAGCCAAGCUCCACACAGCCAUGUACAGGGCCUCACUCACAGCUCCACACAGCCAUGUACAGCUAGGGCCUCACAGCCCAGUUCCACACAGCCAUGCACAGGGCCUCACAGCCCAGCACCACACAGCCAUGUACAGGGCCUCACAGCCCAGCUCCACACAGCCAUGUACAGGGCCUCAAAGCCCAAUUCCACACAGCUGUGUACAGGGCCUCACAGCCCAGCUCCACACAGCCAUGUACAGGGCUUCACAGCCCAGUUCCACACAGCCAUGUACAGGGCUUCACAGCCCAGUUCCACACAGCCAUGUACAGGGCCUCACUCCCAGUUCCACACAGCCAUGUACAGGGCCUCACAGCCCAGCUCCACACAGCCAUGUCCAGGGCCUCACAGCCCAGUUCCAAACAGCCAUGUACAGGGCUUCACAGCCCAGUUCCACACAGCCAUGUAUAGGGCCUCACUCCCAGUUCCACACAGCCAUGUAUAGGGCCUCACUCCCAGUUCCACACAGCCAUGUACAAGGCUUCACAGCCCAGUUCCACACAGCCAUGUACAGGGCUUCACAGCCCAGCUCCACACAGCCAUGUACAGGGCCUCACUCCCAGCUCCACACAGCCAUGUACAGGGCCUCACUCCCAGUUCCACACGGCCAUGUACAGGGCCUCACAGCCCAGUUCCACACAGCCAUGAACAGGGCCUCACAGCCAAGCUCCACACAGCCAUGUACAGGGCUUCACAGCCCAGUUCCACACAGCCAUGUACAGGGCCUCACAGCCCAGCUCCACACAGCCAUGUACAGGGCCUCACAGCCAAGCUCCACACAGCCAUGUACAGGGCUUCACAGCCCAAUUCCACACAGCCAUGUACAGGGCUUCACAGCCCAAUUCCACACAGCCAUGUACAAGGCUUCACAGCCCAGCUCCACACAUCCAUGUACAGGGCUUCACAGCCCAGCUCCACACAGCCAUGUACAGGGCCUCACUCCCAGCUCCACACAGCCAUGUACAGGGCCUCACAGCCCAGCUCCACACAGCCAUGUACAGGGCCUCACUCACAGCUCCACACAGCCAUGUACAGGGCCUCACAGCCCAGCACCACACAGCCAUGUACAGGGCUUCACAGCCCAGCUCCACACAGCCAUGUACAGGGCCUCACUCCCAGCUCCACACAGCCAUGUACAGGGCCUCACAGCCCAGCUCCACACAGCCAUACAUCACUAGAAGUGCCAUCCUGUCACUACCUAAUAGUCUGGCCUCCUCAGUUAGUAGGUUGUCCUCUGCAUAGUUAUGAUUGUAGUCCUAACAGUUAUUGGUUUCAUUUUCAUGUCUUUUGAACAGCAGAGAAAUACAAUUGUGAUGUUUUACACUGAAAUAUUUUUACCUAUACAUACCAUCAUUGCAGCCAAAUAUAUGCAAUUAAGUUAUGCUCAUGUUUGUUAUGACAUUGUUAUUUAUGCAAUAUGACACGGGUAAAAAAUUAUAAGAAUAACUAUAUACAUGAACUGAUAGUAUAUAUAUUUUAUAUUGUUAUUCCCACAUUUAGGCUUCUGUCGUGGCUCAUUGUGAAUGUUCCACUAUGGCUCACAUGGUACACAUUUUCAUGAUGAUAUUGUUGUCCAUUACAUGGCCUGUGGAUGUUUUCCUCUAUCCUUUGGUAAUAUGUAUCAAAAAUGGACGACACCUUUCUUUUUCUCAUUUAUUAGUUUUAUUUACACCAUUUGUACAUAAUUCAGUAAUGUAUUUAUAGUCAGUAUACUUUCCAUGUCCUUUAUUACACCCACCAGUACAGGUGAGCCACACAGUAUAUGGAAAGUGUUGACUGAAACAUAAUGAAUGUUUUCUUAUUAUUCUAUUUCCUCAAAAGCCAAAGUAGGUCUCAAUUUCUCUUUCAUAACAUUCCAAUGUUUUAGAAACACGUAACUCAUGAAAGUAUUUAAAUGAACCAAAGUGACGGACCAUAGGCUCUCAAAUGAUUUUUAUUUUUUUAAAUAGAAAUUGAAAUGAAUUUAAUAUAUUUGAAAUUGCAACACUGAUGUGAUGUAAAAUGUAUGAUAAAUGUUGGUCCCCCCGUAUAAAUGUACACACAUUUCAAAGGGAAAGAUAUUUUUAGGUGUGUCUUUCCUUUUAAACUAAAUACCCAUGAAAAUGGCAUCAACCCACCCAGGUCUGUCUUGAGCAGAGCUCGUGUUUUGUACACUGAUUUCUUUCUGCAAAGUCAUACAUUCCAUAUCAUCAUUAAAAUUAUCAAUAUAUCAAUGUGAUCACAGUUAUUUUUGUCUUUGAAUACAUUUUUGUAUCUGUUAUGUUCAGAUUUGCAACAGACAAAUAGUCCCCUUACUCAGCAGGAAUAAAAUAGCAUUUCUUGGGAA